AACGUCAUGUUUAUUUACGUUCGUAAGUCAUUCACACGCAAAUCACAAUAGUCAUUACGCACAAAAGUAUAAAUUCUCAGUGUGAUGAACAUAAUAAAGUGAUAAAGAUGGUUUGGUAUCUACCAUGGUCUGAAAGCAUAAAAAAAAGAGCCUGCAGGUACCUUCUCCAGCGUUACCUGGGCAAUUUUCUUGAAGAAAAAUUGACUUUGGAUCAGCUGAGUGUCGACCUGUACAAUGGCACAGGGACGGUAUGCGAUGUUAGCCUUGACUGCGAGGCCCUCAAUGAGUUGGGAGACACACAAAACUGGCCGUUGGAAAUAGUUGACGGUCAUAUGAGAGAGAUAACUGUCACUAUUCCAUGGUCCACCCUUCUCAAAGAUGACUCCAUUGUUGAAGUCAACGGCCUCUCACUUACCGUUCAGCCAAAAGUACGGCAAGAAGCUGUAUCAUCUAUGCUGGAGUCCAUGUGGUCCUCUAUGUCCUCAUCGAUGCAGCUGGCGGCUGAGUGCUUGCGUGAGGAAGACGGCCCGCAAGAGACCAACCCUGUGGAAGGGAUUGAAAUGUUUGCACAUACCAUAGAUUCAAUUCUAAGUCGAGUAAAAGUAAAGUUUGUAAAUACAAAAAUAAGAUUAGAACAUGUUCCUAAAAGUGGUGACAGAGGCAUUGCGCUAGAAAUACACAUUAAAAGCAUAGACUACUUUGACGAGGCUGGCGUGGAACCCACACCGGAAGCAACAGACCCUGACAAAUCUAAGACGUACAUCGUCGCCACAUACACAAACAAGAAGAUCAGAUUUGAAGGAGUCACAUUGUACACAGAUGAGUUCCCUUCAAAACUGCGAACUAUGGCACGGAGUCUUAUAAUGGAAAAGUCUGUGUCGUCACAAGCGGACAAAUCUGAUGGCUCCCCAGCUGACCCGUCAGAAGUUAACUACACAAGCACAGUGUCUGACGUUUUCUACGAAACUCGUAGCGUUAUAUCGACGAUAGAAUCGGACCCUAUCAAAGAAGUAUUACCUGAAAUAAGAACUCAAACGGAAAUUAAAGAGGCUACUCCAGAAGAAAGGGCCAACCAGCCCGAUCCUAUUCUCUUUGCGACACUGACAGGCCAGCAAGAAUUGGCGCUCAAAGUUAAACAUUCAGAAGAAGUGGAGGGGCCGAAAGUGGAAGUAAAGAUGCUUUUUGGUUCUUGUAUUGUGUUCAUAUCGCCGAGGCAGUUACAUACGUUGAUUGAGCUGAUAGAUGCUCUGAAUCAACCACAAUUAGAAGACACUAGCAAUAUACCGUUGCGUCCGAGCAAUAUCAACGUCCAAUGCAAGCCAAUGAGACAAGCUGACUUCCAGCUUAUAGAAGCCCAACUGCUCGGAAACUUGGAGAGACAGAACUUAAGGCCUAGCAGCAGCAAAUACGGCUGGUCGGGCCCUAGCUUUGACGAUAGCGACACAGAAAACGAGACAUUCCACCCGAUGACGUCACCAGGCAACAUGGCAGAGAGUUUCUCUUCCUCCGUGAGCUCUAUGAGCACCAGCAUGACUUCGAGUGUGAACAUGCCCUCAGUACAGCCACGCAUCAAACGUAACAAAAAAGUUCCUCACAUUGACGGUGACCCCACAGCAGAGGUGUCUCACAUCAGCUUCAGGGUUGCCUCACUAUCCUGUGUUCUUCUACAUAAGGAUAUCCUGGCCCCCACUCCCAUGGGUAACGACUGCAUCUCGCCGUCUUCCACCAACAAAAUGCACGACGUGGCCCGACAGUUCUUCGAGAGCCUACCGCCGUACGCUUUGGCCGACAGCGGCAAGAAAGACUUCGCUAUGGCCAAUGAGGCCAUAGACAAUGCUACGAAGAGAAACCAUUUGAGGCUAUUAACAUCUGAAGUGACGUUGGACGGCAGCGACAAGACAACAAGUCACGGCAACCAGACGGUUUGCGAAGCGUCCAUAGGGAGAAUGCUAGUCAGAGAGUGCCUGUACUCGCCAGGUGCAAGCAAACCACAGGGCUAUGACCUGAUACGGUUUGAAAACAAAGAUGACGAUGACAAAAAGAGUACGACUUCACGUGCUAAUGUCAGAAUAAACUUCAAACAGACGUCCAAAUACAUGAGGAUUUCUGGAGAGAAAAAACUUGUUCAUCCCACAACAGAUAUUGUUAUGAAAUGCACACCAUUCCACGUGGACGUAGACUUGACAGUAGUAGAGCGUAUGUCGGCGACGUUCUUGUGCGACAGCCCGCAGCCCGUCGGCGCGACACCUACCCAGCCGCCGCCACAGAACCAAUUGAGCUUCUCGCUGCAGUGCCCUAAUCUGAACGCCGUGCUCAGGUUCCCCGUAGCAGACCUACGACCGGGAAUAAACCGGGAACUACGGCAGGUCAGAGCCGACUACCUGACGUUCAAGUUCCAGAACGUCACCAUCGGCUCCCAACAGAUUCCGAGCGCGCGGCCGCUGCCGACCACUGUGACGCUCAAAACCUCCACUCUUGACUUGUACUAUCAUGAAAAUGACAGCCUACCACCAACGCACAUAGCUCGAUCAAUAAUGAGCGAUCCAAUGGAGGGGAACGUACUAAGCGGCAACGCCUUCGUUCCGAUUCCUACGAUCUCAAUGACGUUCAAGCCGCGCAAAGGCAAAGGCCCGUUCGACGGGUUGUCCGAUGAGCCAUCGUUCGAGCCAGCCGUGUCGAACCCGAUGACGACGUCCAUGUAUAUCAUGAACAACCUACACAACGCCAACCCUAGUCCUUUUAGCGCGAAGAAGAUGGCCCACCAGAGCAUUACGAAGCAUGAAAACGAUGCGCAACCAAGUCAAGAAGAGGAGCUCAUAGUGCCCGGCAAUGAAGAAGAAAUGGCGGAAUUCACAAGCAGUGCCAUAGAACAUUCCUCGAUACACCUCGAAUUCAACUUGCCGAUACUCAGUCUGCAGCUUGAAUCCAAACAACUGUAUGAAAUAAUCUACAACCGCAUCAACUCAGACCUACUGUUGUGGGAGCCGCACAUAGUUGAUCCGUACGAGAUCAACCCGCUGAUGUAUACAUCAAUUUACCCCGCUUUUAGCGAGUUUAAAAGCACCGGGUAUGGAUUGAAAGAUCCUACCUCUGCCGCAGAUUCAGACUCGGACAGUACGUCUUCGGAAGAAGAGAACCUUUACUACUCCACCUACGAUAAUAAGUUCAAGAAGGGACACGCGGCCGGAAAGAUCGUUCACGAGACCAAGGACACUCACGACUUCUGCCUGACUUUGAAGGUCGGGAAGGGGUUGUUGACGAUAUAUGCUCCUGUCAGGGACAGCAACAAACGCGUAGUCCCCGGCCAGAUGGGCGAGCUGGUGUUGGAGGCGCACAAACUGGCUCUGUGCCAGGUUAGCGGGCUCAACGGACGCCCCAAGACGGCCCAGCUGUGUCUGCGAGCGGGGAAGACUACUCUGUACCAUGAUUCUCUCAUCACAAUACCUUCGGAGAAACCUAACCUCCGCGUGUAUGGCAACAUCCUCCCUUCACACCUGAAGAGCACCAUUUACCCGUCCGCUAAGGGAGUCAUCAUCAAGGAGAACUUGAAGACUAAAGACAUGUUCUCUCUAGCGCUCAAGGUCGAACCGGACUCGGAAACGCCUAAUUUGAAGACGAUCUGCAUCGCGCUGGGCAUAGAGCAAGCAACGCUCCGCCAUAGAGGCGACAAAGGCAUCGCGUGGCUGACCCAGCUCAUGGACGUCAUAGAUGUCAUAGAUUACCCCGUGCCAGGGUACACGCCUUCCACUGUGCUAUCAGAACUACAUGUACACGUGUGGGACUGUGCGGUUGAUUACAGACCUCUGUACCUGCCAAUCCGUACCCUAUUGACUCUAGGCAACUUCAGCGUCUCUAGCAACCUGAUAGCAGAGACCAACACAUCCUGCCUGCGGUUCCUAGCCCAAGAAUGUACGCUAUUCCUGGCCCACCUGAACUUGAGCAAGCCUAACGCGCGCGUGCCACAGGACGAUGAUAAGCACCCAGACGUGAAUAAAGACUACGUUUGCGUGAUCGAUCUGGGACUGUUUGAACUGUCUUUGAGGAUGGACGAUAAGGAUAACCCUCAAAGCGAACAGCCUCAAGUGGACCUGAGUGCGUCCAACAACAUGAUCACUUUAUACACCUGCUGGGACUCCGCCUCGGCCCUAUGCCGGCUGCUGACGUACGCGGCCUCGGACGGCGACUCGCAGCCGCCCUUCGACCCCUCCUCGCGCCACACCAGCAUCUGCUCCGACCAGCCCUUGGAGCAGCUCGUGGGCUUAGAUGACCGACCAGUGGAGGAAAUCAGAGAACUGUCGCCGAACGAGAUCCAACAAGUCAACGACCUCAUGGCCGAAGCGAUGAAAGAAAGUCCAAAUACAACUCUUGAAGAAGACGACCUGAACAGCUCGACAGAGAAAGAGGGCGUAGAGAUAUUCUUCUUCCCAGACGAGUCCAACAUGAAGCAGCGGCAGAUUUCCGAGACCACUGAGGACUUUGAAGCCAAGUCUAUGGAGUACGAGGACUUUGCAGCGCCCGUGGAGGAAGCGAUGGAAGCCAAGCCUACCAACGUGCAGGUGGCCAAAGAGUUGGGCGACCCUAACUCCACGCCAAAGGCCUCGCCGAAGAAGCCGAAAAGGAAAAAGAACAAAUCGGGCGGCGAGGACGGCAACACAGACGACGAGUAUUGCAUCAUCGACUCGCAGCCUUAUAACGAGGACGACGACCUGGCUGAACCGAUCGUAACGUGGUUCUCGCCCGGACCCAUGUACAUUAACGAUAACCACUUCACGGUGCCCGCCGCCCGCACUAACGUGCUACAAGCGCCUAAGAGUUUCCCUUCGCCGGUAACGAGGUAAGUUUGUUACGAAGAAUA